CGGUCGCAUCGGUGGCAUGUGUUUAUUUUGUUCCCUUCCAGCCGCUAGAGAGGUGCGUGUGUUUGCGUCGGAAUUUGGAAUCGCAGCCGACUUCUGGGCGUUUUCCCGCUGCCUGACUGAGCUUUAAUGGAGACCGGGGUCGACGGCCAGGUGGUUGCUAUGGGCCUCCUAUGGUGACUGUGUGUGUGCAGUUGCUGUGUGGUGCAGAAAAAUCUGUGCAGUUACUUAUUUGGAGAAAUUUGAAGUUAUGUUUACAGUAUACCCUAUGUGUUUCUUCUUCCCAAUCGAUCAGCUGUGCAUUUGUACAGAUAAGAUAAUGAAGAAAUAAAGAUGUCAGUUAAUUCAGAGUCAACCAUCAGCUCCAGUGUGACAGUGAAUUCUAAUUCAACUAAGGACUACUGCUACAGUGCUCGGAUAAGAAGUACUGUGCUGCAAGGCUUGCCUUUCGGAGGCGUUCCCACUGUGCUUGCACUAGACUUUAUGUGCUUUUUGGUACUCUUGUUUGUGUUUUCUGUUCUACGGAAACUGGCCUGGGAUUAUGGGCGCCUUGCACUGGUUUCGGAUGCUGAAAGAAAGAGACAUGGAAAACAUCAAGCAGAAGAGCGGGAAUAUGUGGUUUCGGCUCUGCAUUCGGAGAACCAUGACAGAUAUGAACGUCUGACUUCAGUGUCGAGCUCAGUUGACUAUGAUCAGAGGGACAAGGGCUUCUGUUCAUGGUUGACUGCUAUAUUUAGAAUAAAAGAUGAAGAGAUCAGAGAGAAAUGUGGCGAGGAUGCCGUCCAUUAUUUAUCCUUUCAGCGUCACAUCAUUGGGCUGCUGGUAGUCAUUGGUAUUCUCUCUGUGGGUAUAAUCUUGCCUGUGAACUUCUCAGGAGAUCUGCUUGAAAAUAAUGCAUACAGCUUUGGCCGGACAACUAUAGGAAACCUGAAUUCUAGGAAUAAUUUGCUCUGGCUCCAUACCGUCUUCUCUUUUGUGUAUCUGCUUCUCACUGUCUAUAGCAUGAGGCGACACACUUCAAAAAUGCACUACAGAGAGGAUGAUUUGGUAAAACGCACUUUAUUUAUAAAUGGAUUAUCAAAAUAUGCUGAACCUGAGAAAAUAAAACAACAUUUUCAGGAAGCUUACCCAAACUGUCCAGUUUACGAAGUCCGUCUCUGUUAUAAUGUGGCAAAGCUAAUGCGUCUCAAUGCAGACCGGAAAAAAGCUGAGCGUAGCAGAGUGUACUAUUCUAAAGAGGAAACACCAGUCAUGAUUAAUCCCAAGCCCUGUGGACAACUAUGCUGUUGUGUUGUCAAAGGCUGUGAGCAGGAAAAUGCAGUAGAAUAUUACACCAAAUUGGAACAGAAACUGAAUGAGGAAUACAUAAAAGAGAAGGGAAAAGUGUACGAGAAACCACUCGGCAUGGCUUUUGUAACGUUCCAUGAUGAAGCAGCAGCAGCUCGAGUUCUCAGAGACUUCAAUGCCUGUAAGUGUCAGGGCUGCAUAUUCAGGGGAGAGCCACAACAGUCUUCAAACAGUGGGUUUCUUCAUGUUUCAAGCUGGACUGUGAGCUAUGCCCCUGAUCCCCACAACAUUUACUGGGAGCACUUGUCAGUGAGGGGAAUUUCAUGGUGGCUACGCUGCUUCAUCAUCAACUGUAUCCUUUUCAUUCUACUCUUCUUCUUGACCACCCCGGCCAUUAUCAUUACAACGAUGGACAAGUUCAAUGUUACAAAACCUGUUGAGUAUUUAAACAACCCCAUUAUAACACAGUUUUUCCCAACACUCCUGCUGUGGUGUUUCUCAGCUCUUCUCCCAACCAUAGUUUACUACUCAGGAUUUUUUGAAGCACAUUGGACAAGGUCAGGGGAAAAUCGAACAACAAUGCACAAAUGCUACACUUUCCUUAUCUUUAUGGUCUUAAUUCUGCCGUCACUGGGUCUCAGCAGUCUGGAUCUGUUUUUCCGUUGGCUGUUUGACAAAAAGUUCCUGGAAGAAGCCAGUGUACGGUUUGAGUGUGUCUUUCUCCCUGAUAACGGUGCUUUUUUUGUGAACUAUGUGAUUGCUUCAGCCUUCAUUGGAAACGCCAUGGACUUGCUGCGCAUCCCUGGCCUGCUGAUGUACAUGAUCCGCCUCUCUUUGGCCAGGUCGGCAGCCGAGAGGAAAAAUGUCAAACGUCAUCAAGCGUACGAGUUCCAGUUUGGAGCAGCUUAUGGGUGGAUGAUGUGUGUCUUCACUGUUGUUAUGACCUACAGCAUCACGUGUCCCAUUAUCGUUCCAUUUGGUUUAAUGUACAUGCUUCUGAAACAUUUGGUGGAUCGUUACAAUCUAUACUAUGCCUACCUGCCUGCUAAACUGGAUAAGAAGAUCCAUUCCGGUGCAGUGAAUCAGGUGGUGGCGGCUCCCAUUCUCUGCCUGCUGUGUCUGCUUUUCUUCUCCACUGUAAGGACAGGAUUCUUGGCUGCUACAUCCAUGUUUACAUUUGUUGUGCUGGUGGUCACUAUCGUUAUCUGCCUCUCUCAUGUCUGUUUUGGCCAUUUCAAAUAUCUCAGUGCUCAUAACUAUAAGCAAACCUCCACUCGAGGAGAUGCAAUAAGUACCAAGGAUGAUUCCUGUUACAGGACACUGAUUGAUCGUAGUGAAGUGGAUGGGACUGCUGAAGCAAACGGGCAGAGGGACGGCUCUUCAUCCCCACCAAAGGUUACAAGAUACAUUGCCCAGGUAUUGCAGGAUCCUCAGUCAGAGGCCUCGGGAGAUGAUGAUGAACAGAAGGACACCAAGGAAGUGAUUAAUGAAGGAGAGUUCCAGUCCUGUGAAGACAGUCUUAUUGAAAACGAGGUUCAUCAUUAGUGGAAAAUCAAGAGGAGCCUUUUUUUAAAAAACAAACUUAAGUGCACAGUUUAGGACCAGGAACCAGGACACCACAGGUUCAGUGAAACUCCAGACUGUAAUUAAUCGUCCUGGGUAUUGUGUAGCCUAUACCAAUACAAUACAAAUUGCUAAACUUGUAUUUGUUCUGCUGAUGGGAGGAACACUACAGAACUGGAAUGUAAAUGGGUGAAGCUGGAAGGAAAGAAAAUAGCUAAUCAUUUUACCUGUUUGGCCAAACGUAUGCCGCCAUGUCCAUUUAUCUUAGUUGCAUCUUUAAUAUUAGUCCAAGAAAACAAUGCUGCCACCAGAAUGGGAAAUGAGCUGUUGAGCCUGGUUACAUAAGCACAUGUAUUGCUGCUGGGUAGGGAUGUGUAUGUGUGAGAGAAAUCAAGAAAGAGAAAGGUGGACAUUGUAUGUUUUUUAAUCCUUCGUGAUGAAAAAGAAUCAUUAUUCAAAAAUUCCUGGGGGGAUAAAUUAGCAUACCUUUCCUAUUCAUUCAGAUCAUGUGAAGAAAUAAGUAUGUUAACAUUGUACAGGUAUUUGUAUGUGGUUAAACUUAGAGUUUAAAGAAAAGUGGUCCAGUGUUUUUGUUGCUGAUUCCCCAGCAAAUUUAAAAGUUUUCAGUGCCUAUGUGAUUGUUUCUUAGCUACGCAGAAGAGUGGAAAUCCAGCAAGUUCUUGGUUCUGAUUGUACUUGGUGUUUCCUAUACUUAAGAAUACAAUCACAGACAAAUUCAGUUACCAUACAUCUGAAAACAAUUGUAAAGUUAGAUAAGCACGAAACAGAGAGUACCACAGGCUGAAAAGAAAAUGACCAGCAUUAGUUCCAUUUAGUCAACCAGCUGGGCUGAGCUGGAAAUUGCCCAGAGGAUCACAGGCUGAAAUUCCCAAUGGGCUAUACCUCAACUUUUCCCCUCUUCUCCGAAGGUUUUGCCCAUGUGCAGUGAGUACUGUUGGUUAAGAGUUGAACACAUUUAUCAUGAAUACCUUUCAUGUUCAAGAGGAAGAUGAUCCUUGGGGACAGAAUAGGAUAAUUAAAUAUUCUUAUUUACCUUGGUGUUCAAAUGGUAAAGCAAAUGAAGAACCCUAAAGUUUCUUAAAAAUGGAAGAUGUAGCAAAUCUGUAUCUGCCACCUUUUGUAAUCAUUGGUUUUAGAAAGAGGUAGCUGGAUAAUCAAUUGAAAUAAUCAUGCAUUAAACUUAUGGAACUUGCAGAUGUAUUACACAAGGACAUGGUGAAGGUCCAGUAUGUCUUUUUUUUAUUUGUUUCCCCGCCCACACCUUCCUUCCACAUUGGAUGUAAAAAGUGGUCACAUCAUCCAAAAAUCCUAAAAGACGCUGUUAUACUUCAGUUUAUUAAAAAUAUAACCAACACCACCACCUGGAUUGAAUCACUGCAUGUUAAGGUUCAGCUGUAGCUAGUCUUGGGAAGGGUAGAAGAUGCCCUUACUAAUAGUGAAAGGAUUACUAAGUUGGAAUCACAAUUAUUAAUAGUGAUGGUAUAAGUUGCAGCUAAAGACCAGUCAGAUUUGAUAUAGAAUGCCUGUCUUCCUUUUCUCUCCUUAAUGAUUGGAUUGCAGAUGCAGUAGAAAGACCUUUAUGCAGUGAUAUUAGUAUCUUCCUACACAUCAGCUAGCCAGGAAUUGUAUCACCUAUUUUGAUAUGGUGAUGUUUUAUUGAAGUCUCAGUUUACUGACACUAUUAAGAAUUUUCUUUCCUUCAACAGAUGAUGGGGGGGGAGAGAGAAAGUAAAAACAUAUUUAGUAUGUCUGGCUGUGAUUUAUCACAUUGGAAAAUGAAGCAUUCUUUUAAUCACAAUUAUUCUACUUUUCUGUUAAAACUUCAUUUGCAAUUUGGACUUGAAGGAAGUAGAUAUUGUUGGACUAAGUUUGCAUUCUUGAAUGUAUAAUAAUUAGUCUUUGGCACACAGGGUCUUAGGUUUGUGAGUAGAAAAUUAAACUUGUUUCUCCAUUGCACUUGUACAGUUUUCAGUAUGCUUGGGGUCAAAGAUUGGUAGUUUGCUUUCAGAAAGCUGAAGAAACUGUGUGUACGCAAUGUUCAGUGUUAUUUUCAGACUUGCUGCCUCUUUAUUGAUGACCAAAAUGCAGUAGCUGUGUGGGUAACUUGAAUGGUGUGUUGCAUUGUUUUAGUGGAAUCCUAAUUAAAUACAAAACCCAUUUUGCCAAGGCAAAAUUAGGACUUCUGUGCACUCUAGAUAAGAAAAUGGCAUCAAGUAACAAUGACUGGGAACUAUUGGACUGUCAAAGGCUAUUUUGCCAUCUAUGUAACUGAUUCUAGGGAAAAUUGGCAUUCUAUUUAUUACAGCAAAGCAAUGUUCUUUCAAAUAUAGCACAGCACACAAUAAGUACAAUAUAAUGGGAAUUAUUAGGAAAUGGUUUUGCUCUGUUACAGCCUUGUGUAGGUGUCUAACCAGAAUUCUACUCACUGCAUUUAUCGAGCAACUUUAACACUGACCAGCAUGCCUUUUCUCCCCCCAACAAUUAUUACUCUUGAGUUUUGGAUUUGGUAUCAUUGGGAUUAGCAUCUGAAAAUCAUUGAUGGGAACAACAUUACUGCUGUUAACUUUUAUUAAUAUAGAAAUUAAUAUAAAUGCUGUUAACUUCUGACACUUGUGAGGUUUCACACUUGUUGAUAAAUAAGAGUGCAACAUGAGUUCUUUAAUGUGUGUUUGAAUCGUGCUUGGAUGGGGUUACAUGUAUAUAGCUGAAUGUACUAAAGUGCAAAUAUUGUGUAUAUAUAAUCAAUAUAUAUCAGCAAAUUACUUCACAUCUGUCCUGUAGUGCAAGUGGUGAUGUAGUAGUCAUAAAUUAUUAAUAGAUAUUAUUGUUUGAAGCUCUCUAUCAAUAGUCAUUUGCAUAAAAAAUGGAAAUUCAUCUAAGAGCAUUUGCCUUCUACAUGCAUUGUUCCUUGGGCAUUGAACUCUCGAAGAGACAGAAUUUAAACCUAAAUCUCCAAUCAGUUCCCAUGAGAUAGAUAGAAUUGGCUUGGAACAACUGAGCUACGCUGGAAAUGAAGUGGGCAAGGAAUGGUGUUGGUGUGUACUCAAGAAACCUGGCUGAUGCUAAUAUUGGGAAUGAAGUCACUGUGAGAUUCAGGUAAUUAAAAUUUGCUUGAUGGACCUUUUAAUUAAUCCAUACAAUGCCUGACUUGAAAUGCUUAAUCUGGGUACAAAACAAUCAUCCAAAACUUUAGAAGUGUAGAAACAAUUACAGCAUACUGUAAAUUUAUUGUUGUUUGAUUUCCAUUUCAAAUUAGCACAUAGUAUGUUAUUGUCAAUGUAAGGAACUGGUAUUUCAUUUUGAUUUUUUUUAUAGACAGUGUUGCCCUUACAUGUCUAGGGAGCUGAACUAGAUGCCACUUGUCCCUAGUGAAUGAAGUUAAUGCUGAUUAUAAAGCACAAAAAGAAUGGCUCUAAUUGAUUCCUUUAUUGUGAUCUGUUCUUGACUAAAUCACAAAUCCCAUUUAGUUCAGUGUUUUCAUUCUAAUGCAUAAAAGUAAUUAUCAUAAUUCAACAUUUAAAAUACUAGAGGAAUACUUAUUGAACACUUGUUAUACAGCCAAGGAAGCUUUUAGAACAGUAUGGGGUCAAAUAGAUAUAAUGUGAUUUUGUGGGCACUCACUGGAAGUUUGGAAUUCAUAAAGGUGUCUAUUUAAAAUACACCAAUAUGCUCAUAUUACCCCAGUAAAAUUCCUUAGAAUUAUUCUGAUUGAUAUGAAAAGUGUUACUUGAGAGUUGCUGAACCCUGUAACUUUGUGUUUCUGGGGUGAGCUUAAGGUAAUAUUUUAUCAAGCUCGUGAAAAUAUUAGGAAAUUUCCCUUGUUCAUCAAGUAAGACAUAAUUUACCUGUAGUGUCAAUUCUUACUUGUAGUCCGUCCUCUUACCCCCAUUUUAUAUUUAGUUACUAACCCACUCUUUCUAAUUAAUCUUUAGAAAGUGUAACUAUAAUCUCAGGUCAGAGCAUUGUCAUUCAAAGACUUGCUGUGAAAUGAUGUAAACUGUUAUUUAUUUAUUGAGCUGCGUGUGUGGAAUAGGCCUUCCAGCCCUUCCACCACACUGCCAGCAAUACCCCCGAUUUAACCCUAGCCUAAUCAUGUUACAAUUUAAAAUGACCAAUUAACUACCAGUCGGUACAUCUCUGGACUGUAUGAGGAAACUAGAGCACCCAGAUGAAACCCACGUGAUCACAGGGAGAACGUACAAAUUCCUUAAAGGCAGUGGCCAGAAUUGAACCUGGAUUGCCUUUACUGUAAAGCGUUGAGCUAACCACUACACUACCAUCCCGAUGUGGAUUUCUAUUUCAACUCAUCAGUUGUUGAUAAAUUUGAUGACUUUUGCUUUUAUGUUUGAUUUUACUAUUAGCUGUUAAUUUUCUUACCCAUUUCCAUUCCCUCUCCCUGUCCUGCUCCUCUCUUCUGCAAUUGCUUCAAGGCAAAGGUGCAUUGGCAAUAAGACGUAGGAGCAGAAUUAGACGAUUUGGCCAUCAAGAUUCUCUCCCACUUCAUCAUACUGAUCCAUUUCUUGGCCAGCUGCAAUCUCCUACCAUCUCCCAGUAUACCUUCAUGGCCUGACUAAUCAGGAAUCUUAUCAACCUCUGUCUUAAUGUACCCAAUAACUUGGCCUCUAUAGCCAACUGUGGCAGAGAACUCCAUAGAUUGAUCACGCUCCAACUAAAGGAAUUCCUCCUCCUCUUCAUUCUAAAAGGAUACCCUUCUACUGAGGCUGUGUCCUCUGGUCUUAAACUCUCCCACUGUAGGAAUCAUCCUUUCCACAUCCACGCUAUCGAGACCUUUCAACAUUCAACAGGUUUCAAUUAGGUCAUCCCUUCAUUCUUCUGAAUUCCAGAGGCCCAGAGCCAUCAAUGAGUCGUCAUAUGGUAACCCUCUCAUUCCCAGAAUCAUACUCAUGAACCUCCUCUGAAGCUUGUCCAAUGUCAGCACAUCCUUCUUUGGUUCAAGGGACCCAAAACUGUUCACAAUGCUCAGAAAGUGAGACAAUACCAGCUUUCAAGCUCAGCUUUGAUAACCUGUCAAAAGAGAUCCUCCAGGCAGCCAAAUCCAGAAUACGUUAAGAAGGUGCUGUUCAUAUGGUAGUUAAUGGGACAAAGUGUCACAGUGAUUAAAGGCCAUUUGUUUGUUACCUAAACUGUUCCUCCAUGCUUGUAUGUCUCUCUCCCUCCCUCUCUUCCAUUGUUCACCAGUAUCUCUCCCUGUGUUGCUAAUAAAACCUAGGUUAAUAAUUUUAGGCACUGAGAUUAAUUUGUAUACUUAAAAGAAAUCGUAAGGGUGGGAUAGUGGAAAUGUAGCAAGGGUUAUCCAGUUAGAAUGAGCACCAUGGGGCAAUUUCACACUUGCCAUGUGUUUUUCAUCUAUCUGGUGAAUCCAACUUGGGCUGGUAACAAGGCGAUGUUUUGAGUCCUUUGAACAAAGAACAAAGCCAGCCCAUAUAAUGUGCUAAUUAUAUGAUUUCAAAAAUAAGCUGGUCUUCAUUCUAAACUAUUUGAUCUAUGAACAGUGGCUGGAUUUGAGGGGUGGGGGAGCUGUUCCUAAAUGAUUACACUUGCUAUUGUUAGCAUCAAGUGACUAGUUGCCAUAUCAAGGCUCCAGUUGUAGUCAAGUCAAGGAAGUUGAAGUGUAUCAGCCUCUUCUUUAAAACCAUAGCUUUAGGGUGUUGGUUACAAAUAAGUCAUUGGCUACUGGCCAUUAUGGCUAUAAUUCCAAAAGGUUGAUAGAUAGCAUUUAACUUUGUAAUUUAUUAUGUAUCAUAUUAGUAGAUUUGAUUGUACUUUUGUUGCCUCGUACCCAUUGGAGAUACAACCUCAAACAGUUGAAUAUCCAUUUUGAAGAUGGAAGUCCUAAUGGACUAAGGAACUCCAACUCUGAUCUUGUUGGUUCAAGCAUUUCCUACCCACUCAUUCCUGUCAAAUUACUCUUUGAACAGUUGAUUAUUUUUAAGGAAAUUGCUGUCAGGUAGGAAAAGACGGUAACAAAAUAUAUUAAUGUGGAAUCUUGCAACAGCAAUGUGAAAUCAAAGUGACAGAAGCCAGUGAUUGUAUAGGAAUUAGUAUGAUCAAGUGGAGAAAACUUGGCUAAUGAGAUUAAAUUGCAUUUUUCUUAAGAAGCUUAGUGAAAAUUUGCAUAUUAAAUCUUUAUCCAAGAUACUGCACUGAUUGUGAAAUCUUGAUAUUCAGAUGGUUUAGGAUGCAAAACAUACCAAUCUUUGACCAACUCCUUUUGAAUUACUGUUAUGUAAAGCUGAAAGUAAAACAUCAGCAUUUCCUAUCAGAGUCACUGUGAAGGCAAGUUUACAUAAUAUUUUGUGUAACUGCAUGUAAAUUAUUUGCCAAUUGUUUUCUAAUAAAAGGACUAACUCUGUA